UGAAGAAGUACAUAACAAUUUUGUUUAAAUCGAGAACAAAAGGAACAAAAGGAACCUAUCCCUAACUUUCUCGUCACGCAGAUGGUUACAACAUCUGGCGCAAUUUCGCUUGCAAUCCACAUCCACUAUCGUCGCUGCCGCUCACUCUCCAGUGUGAAAAAGCCAGGCUUAGAUAAAUACAAAAGGUGAAGAAACAGAAUAUUCAUCAAAUAUUGGAUGCUCAAAACGCUUUUACUGGUGCUGAUAUGAAUAAUAGAGGGAAGGGAAGCUUGAAGUAUCUCUUGCAGCAGAGAGAGAUUGUUGCUCGUUUUGUCAAAGGUGAUCAAUCCACAUCUCAGAAAAAGGCAAAGGGAAGGGCGGUUGCUGCAAAAAUUCCUGCAGAGGUCUGUGGACUGAAGGUUCCGCGAAGGACUUUCUGUAAUAAUAUUGCUGCAAGAGUAUGUACUUCUAAUAGUGUCCAACCUAGCUAUGAGCAUGAGGAGAAUCAGGGUUUGCCAAACAAUGUUGUCCAUUAUGAUAUUGCCAUUGUUGGAGGUGGCAUGGUUGGCAUGGCUCUUGCCUGUUCCUUGGCAAGCAUGCCAUUGACAAAACAGUUGAAUGUUGCCAUCAUUGAUAGCAAUCCCGCUUUGGAGGGCAAAACCUGCAUCAAGAAAGAAGACCCCCCUGAUCCAAGGGUCAGUACAGUCACUCCUGCAACUAUUUCUCUUUUUAAAGAUGUUGGUGCUUGGCAGUACGUUCAACAGCAUCGACAUGCAUACUUUGAUAAAAUGCAGGUUUGGGAUUAUACUGGAUUAGGAUACACAAGAUACAACGCGAGAGAUGUAGAUAAAGAAGUAUUAGGGUGUGUAGUGGAGAAUAAGGUGCUUCAUAGUUCUUUAUUGUCAUGCAUACAGAACACAGAUCUCAAGAAGAGAAUCUAUCCUUCCAGAUUAAAUUCAAUGACUCUGCAUCAGAACCACUUGCCCACAAUGAUGGACAGCACUUCAUCAUCAUUGCAUGCUUCUUUAGCUAAGCUAGAACUGAGUGAUGGCAACAGCCUAUACGCAAAGUUGGUGGUAGGAGCUGAUGGGGCCAAAUCACGUGUUAGGGAGUUAACAGGAUUCAAAACAACUGGAUGGUACUACUCACAGAAUGCUGUAAUCUGUACAGUAGAACAUAAAACAGAAAACCAAUGUGCAUGGCAACGGUUUCUACCUUCUGGUCCAAUUGCACUCUUGCCGGUGGGUGAUAAGUUUAGCAAUAUUGUUUGGACCAUGAACCCAAAAGAAUCAUCAGCCUGUAGAGAAAUGAAUGAGAAUGAUUUUGUGAAGGCCUUAAACCAUGCUUUGAAUUAUGGAUAUGGUCCUCAUCCUCAGUCAAACUUAUUGGGUAAUAAUGGAGACAUUUUUUCUUGGUUUAGAAGAGAUUUGACAGUUUCAGCUAAUGAAUGCUUUGAAGUUCCACCAGAUGUGGUUAAAUUGGUAUCUGGAAGAAUGGUGUUUCCAUUGUCUUUAAGGCAUGCUAAUAAUUAUGCAUCAAAGCGUGUUGUUCUAAUUGGUGAUGCAGCACACACAGUACAUCCUUUGGCUGGCCAAGGAGUUAACUUGGGCUUUGGAGAUGCAUUUGCUCUUUCAAGAAUAAUUUCUGAGGGUAUUGCAGUAGGCACUGACAUUGGGGAGGUGCAUCUGUUAAAAAAAUUUGAAGCAGAGAGAAAACGGGAAAAUAUUAUGAUGAUGGCUAUCCUGGAUGGCUUUCAAAAGGCAUACUCUGUUGAUUUUGGACCUCUAAAUGUAUUAAGAGCUGCUGCAUUCCAUGGGGCACAGUAUAUUUCACCAUUAAAGAGGAGCAUCAUCUCAUAUGCCUCGGGGCAGAUCUAACCGUGCAAACCAAUAAGACAUGGUUUGGACAGAUCAUCUUGCGUUGACAUAUGGUUAAUAAAAACAUGCACAAUCCCUGGGGGCUUUGAGAAUAAGACUACAAUUUCAUCUUACAAAAAUGCAUCCCGGAUGAUCCGAGCUGCAACCCGGGAAGAUAAUCGAUUUAGCACUUCGGGUAGUGUUGUAGCAGAGAUGCCUGGCAACACUGGAAUCAACUCUUGGAUAAUCUCUGUGCAUGCCAUUGAGAAUUUAAAUCUAGUUCAAACCUAGGAUUGCCCAAUUAUGAACAAAUAUUGAUGAAAAACUAAGCAUAGCUCUCUUGUGAACAGAGAUGGUAUGACUUGUUAGUGGUCAAAGACCGAGGCAAAAUGGAUCCCUCUCCUUUCCUGAGAAUUUGAUCAACUAUUGAGGAUGAGGAGAUGUUUCCCCAUCUGUCAUUUCCUUUAUUCAUCAAAAACUACAUAUGUUGCAUUUUGUGAAACAAGACAAAUGCUCAGAUCCUUAGAAGAAACUUAGUGAAACAAGAAAUACAUAUGUUUCUCCACAUGGAAUCAAAGCCAAAUUAGACUCUUUAGGAUUUCUAUUU